AUGAAGUUUUUAUAUGACCCAUAAUCGAUAAGUAGAGUGACCUGGUAGCUUAUUUCAAACAACUUAAUCACACCCAGUAUCUUCAUGUUUCUAACAAUAGCUGAGGGGUUGCAAAGUAUAUUUUAUGCAUUCUUGCUGCAACAAUAGCUUGUAAACGAAAUAAAAUUAGACCUAGAAUCUGGACUCAAUGAAAAUUAAAUUACAAAUGGCGAAACUGAUUCAUCGGAUGCUCCUGCAAGUGAAUCAUCUUCAAUUUAGAUAUCACUUCUAUUUAUCAAUGAUUACUAAAAAAUGCUUACUGAUAAUGAGAAUUUUGUGAUGGUUACAUCUGCCUCUAUCUUCGGAUUAAAUUUCUUCCUUGGUCUUAUUUUUACUUAUUUGCUUUGGAAUUAAAAAAAGAAAAUGAUUAAGGACCUAAGCGAAUCAAGUAUGAUCCACAAAGUUUUCGGCUGCUUAUUGAUCAUUUACGCGAGAGGAUUAUAUCUUAUCACUUUUGAAUUCAUAAUAAGAGGUUACUCAGCUUAUUAAUAGUAUGAUUUAGGGAUAAAGAUUGGCUUAUCGAUAACUAAUACUAUCUCAGUCGUCUUAUUCUUUUUCUUCAUAUUUUAUACAAGAAGGAUUUUUAAGCUUAAUAUGCUCUCAAACCAUAUUUCCUGGAGCAAUUCGGAUUCUAAAGCUAUCUACUUUGGAUUUUUUGCUAAGAUUAUUAAUCCACUGAUUCUAAGUUUUGACACAAAUGGAGACUACAUUACUGCUGAAAUUAUUAUCUGCCUAAUCAUAUAAACUUUAUAUCUUGUGAUGAUACUCUUCUUCGCAGAUAUAUACAAUAGGAAAAUUGAUCUCGUGCAAAAAUUUAUCCAAGCUACUGUGGUACUAAUCUUGGAAAUAAGCUUUAUCAAAUACCUAAUAAAGGAAAAUGACGGAAAAGAGUUUAUACUUUUUCUAUGUGUUCUGCCUUUCCAUCUUUACUUCAUCUACAGGCUAAAUAAAAGAAGAAAGGAAUAGAUACUUGAAAUGUUUACUGAGGGAAAAUUAAAAAUGGAGUUGUAAUUUGAAUAUCUUCUAAUCUAUCUUUAUGAAAUAGUACAAGACUCACUCAUAGAUUCUAAAGUCAGUUAAGAAUAUUACUCAGAGAUUCUAAAACUGCUAGAGGGCCAUCAGUUAACAUGCUACAACACAGAUUGCAUUUGCACUAAGCAAGGUGACUUUAUGGAAAUUUUCAAAUAAGGCUAGAAAUAAUCUACUAAUGUAUUCUUAGUUGAGCUUCAAAAUUUAAAAAAGAUAAAGGAAUACAUUUAAAUGAAAUCUGGAAAAUGGUUUGUCUCUAGUGUUAACAGAAUGAAGGAAGAUCAGUUCAGAGACAAAUACUAUAACAAAAGAGAUAUAGAUGAUGAUGAAGAAGAUAUUUCUUUGAUUGAUGACUAAAGUAACGAUGAUGGUGGCUUUUUGAAUUCUCUUGAUAUUUAAGAUGCCACAAAGCAAAUUAGAAUAAGACCCAAAAGGAAGAUUAAAAUUGACAUACAGCACGUCAAAAGAAGGUUCGUGACAAACUUUAUUCUCUUAUUCUUUGUUGAGAUAAAGUAGAAGUUUCCCAAUAGUCUUAAAAUACAUAUUUUAUGCAACUACUAUUCUAUGAUGAUUGUCUAAAAGCCUUAACUCUGCAUAAGUUAAUUAAGAGGUUUUAAUGACAAAAAUUUCUCUUGGUUGGACAGAAUCUCGAAAUUCGUUAAUGAAUUCUAUAUUUUGGAUGAGUAUGAGAAGCAUGACAAAUCUAAUUUAGAUAGUAAUAUGCAGAUCAAAGUAGAUGGGGAGCAUUUCAUUAUGAUCAAUGAUCUCUACGAAGAAUUUUAAACCUAAGUCGAUUAGAUGAGUUUUGAUGCUGUAGAAUUUUGGAAAGGAUUUACCUAAGAUGAUGUUGACCCUUACAAGUAAUAUGAUCUAGGGGAAAAAAUUGCUGACAGUAUUUAAGCAACUUACAAGACGUUUAAAGAAAUAGAAGACAAUCUAAUAUAGAAAGACUAUAAAAUAUACGUUUGGUUUGCUUAAAUUUAGCUCAAAAUAAUGAAUGAUAACGAUGGCUAUUAGAUAUUUAUUCAAAAAAUGAGGGGUGUCAUGCAAAUGAAUAAGAUGUUCUAAUCAAAUAUGAGAGGUAAAAUAAGUGAAGACUCUGGAUUUAUAGUGAGUGAUGGACACUCAAAUAACUCUGGAAAGAUCCUCUUUAUGAAUAAAACAAUCAAAAGAUGGCUACUAAGAGAAGAAGAUGAUACCAAGUUUCUUAACAUUAAUGCUCUUAUGCCAAAACUUAUUGGAGAAAGGCAUGAUGAAUUUAUGAAAAAAUAUAAUGAAACAGGAGAAUCAGUGAUUUUAAACAAGCAAAUCCUUAAUUUUUUAAUGGAUAAAAAUGGCUCCAUAUUCCCAGCAGAGAUGCUCAUCAAGUUCCACUAUUCGUAAAAAUUCAAAUACUGCUUUAUCACUUUCAUUGAAAAAGUUAAAACAAUCAAACCAUUCAUCGACAUGGUGAAGUACAAAACUGAGCAGCUUCUGUUUAUGACAAUUGAUAUGUAUGAUGGGUAGAUCUUUGAAGUUUCAAGAAAUCUUUUAAAUUUGCUUGAAUAUUUUGGCAUCAAUUAGUACAAAGACAUCAGAGAAAUAUCAUUUACUGAAAAGAAAAGAUUAAUUUAGGAUUUACUGACAGAUUUUUCUUUUGAAGAACUAACAAGAUAUAAGUAAACUCAUAAGAAUAAGAAUGAUUCCUACGAAAAAAUUCAUACCCUUAAUCUAUUUAGUUUUUCUGAUAACAUUGACUACUAUGGUGUAAACAGCACAAAAGAUGAAUGUCAGGCUAAAGUUGCCAUUUAUGUUGAUACUUACGGAGAAUGCAAACUUAACAUAGGAUUUGUGGUAUUAUCUAUAAGCACUGGCCAUUAAAACCUAGAUUUCAUUAAUGAACUAAAAUCUAAUGAUGCAGCUGAAGUUUAGCAGUAAGAGUAUAAGGAUGAAUAAUAAGAAAUGCAGUUAAGAGAAUCUUAAGAAAAUGACAGUGUUGCCUCAUCAUCAUGUGGCAGCUCUAAUUCUGGAUCAUCAAGCUCAAGUUAUCAUGCUCUAUAAUAGUUUCACACAUUCUAUAGAUAGUAAACACCUAGGAUUCUUAAAAUUGUGAUUCAAUUGAUACUUCUGAUGUUCAUUGCAUCUAUCACUAUAGCCACAGUUAAUCUUGUGCUGAAUAUUCGAAGUCAUAACCUGUCAGAACUUGAAGUUAAAUAAGUAAGAGCAUCUAUGGAUAGAGUUAAUUUUUCUGUCAGUAUCAGACUCCUUUUAAGAACAAUGAUGAAUAUUGCCAAUGGAUACGAGCCAAACAAGUCUAAAUUAUUAGAUGAUAGAUUUAAAGUGUACCAAGGCCUCUUAAGAAGCAAAGCAGAACAAUUAAUUUCAGCAUAAUAUUAUCUAGAUAACUCUGGGUAUUAAUUUUCCCAAUCAUUUGAAAAUGAAUUGAAGAAAUCUGAAAUAACAUUAUCAUACUUGAUGGAAAACAAUGUAUUGAGAAAGGAAAACGUAACUAUGAGAAACAUGUAGAGUCUAUAUGGCAGCAGAUUAGUUUAAGUUGAGAACUACACAAUGUAGUAAAUGAAAGGGAAUUUGAAAAUAUAAAAUCUAAAGCCAAAUUUGUCGGUUAAUUACUAGCCAACAAUUGAGGAGUAAACUCUUUACUUCAUUGUUGAAAAUGGUAAUGGCAUAGUAAGAACUUACAAUAGAUUCUUUGCAGAUCUUUACAUUACCGAUAGCGUUAAGAACUCAGAGAAUAACGAGAGUAAUACAAUGAUAACAACUGUAAUUUCAGUAAUUACUAUAUUCUUAGUUACGUGUGUAAUCUCUCCUAUAAUCAGCAAAACUGAGGAAAGAAAGUAUAAUGCUCUCGUAUUCUUUAUGAGAAUUCCUAGAAAUCAAGUGGAAUAAUACAUUAAAAGUUGUUAAGAAUGCCAGAAUCUCGAUGCAUCCCCAAAUAUUUAGAAAAAAGAGAAGAACACUGUUAAUAAUGUCCCGAAUGAAGAUUUUAAAACCUACGACUAUUAAUCGAUGAAUUACCCUUAAGAUCAUUCAGUUUUAGAUGUCUCUGAUGUUUAAUUGAUGUAAGAAAAUAGUUUUAACCAAAGCAACAACUUAGAGUCCACCCAAAAGCGACUAUUUGAAGAAAACUCUGUUAGAAAUGAGUUAAUUAACACUAAUGCUAGGCUAAGAAAUUAUCCUCAAAAAAGCUCAGAUACAUCAGUAAUAGGUGGCAAUGAAGAAAGUAAAUAUCUGAGCAUGGCCAAUUUAUAAAGAAGGAAGAAUAAAUAAAUAAAUCAUGCAAAUUUAUCUAUUUCUGACUCCUCAGAGAAACCUAAUGAUCUUAAAAGCCUUUAAAACAAGUAAAUUAAAGUAAGCAAUGAAUAGUAAGAACAGCAAAUAAGAGAUUAGGAGAUUUUAGAGGAAUUAAUGAACAGAAAUCUCUAAAAAAUAAAAGGUAUUGCGUUUAAAAAGAAGACAUUAACAUUCCUAUUUGUUAUGGUCCUUAUGGUUGUGUUCUCAGUUUACUUUAUCAUUAGUUUUUUCAUGGCCUAGAAAAAUUAUCAGACAGCUGCGAAUUCAUCAAUUGACCUAGGCACUAUUUUCAGUAAAGAGUAAUGCUUUGAAAAUCUCAUUAGUUAUUAAAGAGAAAACAUGAUUCAAAAUAAAACGAUAAUGCUAACUGAUAAUAUAACCGAGGCAAGUCAAUAUUUCUUGACAACUUGCUCCACUUAAGAGGCUAAGUACAAAGAACUGAGGAAAAGUUUGCCUGAGUAUUUCUAAGAUGCAAAACAAUACUUGGAAUAAAUCGAAACUAAUAAAUAUUGUGACGUAGUCUAUGUAGACUCUCUAAAUUUCCUAAAUAGCCCAUGUCAGAUAGCCUUGAAUGGGCUUAUGAGUAAAGGAAUGACAAAUACACUAUUUUACAUGUUGAGUUAAGCUUAAAAGACUGAACUAGCAUUCAAAAAUUCUUAUUAAAACCAACGCAGAGAUGAUUAAUUUUUAAGAGUAGAGUUGAACUCAACUGAUGUGAUUGACAUCAUUGACACCAAGAUGUAUAUUAUGGGUUAUUCUUUCAUUGAGCUCGAGAACUAAUGCAUGGAGUCAGCUCUUAAAUACUUUAAAAAGCUUUUGACUGAUUUCAUCAUUGUAUAUGCGGUAUUUCUAGCAUUAUUGAUAUCAUCAAUGAUAUACUUUACUAUUUUCGCUUUCAAAAGAUUGAGGAGAAGCAUGUGGAGCACUAAUAUGCUUUUGAAGAUUAUACCUAAACAAGCUCUAAAUAAAAAUGACAGUGAGCUGCUCAAAUAAUUCUUUGUCAACUGA